AGUAAUGCAAGGAAGAGUAUGGAUACAGAGCGCCCGUCAAUCAGUGACCCUGCCCAAAAGGAAAAUCCGGCGAGACAACUGUGCCAGGAGGCAGACAAGCUCUGGGCCCAAGGUUUCCAGGCUCAGGCUACCACCUGCUACACUAGUGCCUUUGGACUGAAUGCGGGUGCCACGGCUCAGUAUGUCAGAGGUUUGAGUAAACAAGACCAGGAGCAAAUUGUUGUCAUCUUGGAGAACUGGUUGGACUGGAGACAAAGUGACAGACAGCCCUGUCCAGAUGUGAGACCUGGGUUCAAUUUAGGGCUGGCAGCUGUGUUCCUCUCAACAAUCCGCCCCAACAAUCUGCAGGCAUCACUCUUCAAGAUGGGAACUCUUCUAAAGAGUGGACGCUGUACAGAAGUGCUGGAAAAGUGCAACAGGCUGCUGGAAGAAACUUCAACAGGAUUGGAAGAGCUGGGCACCAGUGUUCUGCCGGUUCUGUUGACUCGGGCUCUGGCCUGCCUUCUGCUGAACUCUCACUCUGAUGAUGGUGUCACAGAUUACCUUCAAGCAUUCCGAAUGCAGCGUGGAGAGACUGUGCAAUUUGUCACUAAUAAUCAGACAAAGCACCUCCCGCUGAUUGUGCAGGCACUGCAGGAUCACCAGCGUGUCCACAUUGGGCAGCAGUUAGAGUCCGACUGUCACAACCUCUUAGUAGCACUCGUCCCGAAUGCAGGUGGCACAAAUGAAGAUAGUUUAACUGAUAACCUGAACCUACAAACUAAAUGGGAUGAUGCGCAGCAGCACCAAAGCUCAUCCUCCAGAAAGUCUCAGCGGCUAGUGGACAGUGCUGCUGCUCAUUUCUCUGUUGGGGGUAGAGGAAGAGAACUGUUCCAGGACAUCGCUUCUGCUUUUCAGCUGCACCCUGUUGCUGCUUUACGACGUGUUUCUGAAGUAUUUGGCCCACAGACCCAAGCAAUCAUGCAGUCCCAGCUGCAGCAGCAGGUGGACCUUGAGCUGGCCUCAUACAGAGAAGUGGUGCGUAGUAGACAGGACCUGAGGUCAACAGAGGGGGUAGAACUGCUUACACCCAUAAUUUCUGCACUACGGGCACUUGCCCACAUGAAACCAGUAGGAGGCAACCAGGAAAUACUAGUGCAAUUAGUAGACUGUCUUGUGCUGACAGGUAACUACGGUGAGGCUCUCAGUGUUUGUCGGGAGCUGCGCCAGCCCCAGAGUCCUCAGAGUUAUGCCAAUACCAUUUUGGCUCUUCGUGGUUUUGCCUGGGUCCAGGCAGGUCAGCUGGACAGGGCUCUGGAAGACUUCAGAGCAGUGGUAGAACACCCAGCUCCCCAUCCCAGCAGCUGUGUACGGGCAUUGUGUGGACGGGGACUCCUCCGCAUGCUGACUGGCAGCUCCUACCUGUCUGCACUAGACUAUAUCACUGCCAGCCAACUCAGACUGGAGGAGGCUGUCUUGGUGGUCAAAUCCUACAUUCCCUGGAAUCAGCGUGGUCUGCUCUGCACUGUGCUGCAAGAGGAGGGACGAAAGAUGCUACAGAAAGCUGCUGAUAACUGUGAUGGCAAGAAAAGAUCUAGACAUGAAGCAGCAGGCUCAACUAGUUGCCUUACUGCUAAAGAAGGUGAUGCUGCUGCUGUCCACUGUCUGGCUUGCCUACUCAUGGAACUUGACCCUAGUUGUGACCUCCCACGAAUCCUAGCCACAGAUGCCCUCUACAAACAAGGCCGCUCAGAGGAAGCAUAUCGACUGCUUCUGGUCGCCCAGGAAGCCCACUGCCCGCCUGUCCUGGCAAGACUUGCCCUUCUCCAGCUACGUCGCGGCUUCUUGUACGAUGCCAACCAGCUCCUAAAGAAGCUCAUCCAGUUGGGGAACACAUCCUGCUUGCUGCCCAUUGUGGCACUGUGUAACCUUUCUGACCGCCAGCUAUUGUGGCAUCACUGCCAUGCUGUCGCCACACACAUUCUGGAGAGCCAUCAGGGGGACACCUUUGUCAAAGAGAGUGUGGCUUAUCUUUCACUGGCCAUUAUUGCCUCAGGUGGAGAGGCAUUCAACUCUCUUUUGGCUCGAGCCCGUUGCUAUGCACACUUGGGACAGUAUAAGACAGCAGUGUUUGACUUCAGUGCCAUCCUGCGGCUUGAGCCAAACAAUGUGCAGGCAUUGUGUGGCAGGGGCUUCACUCACUUGAUCCUCAACCAGCAGAAGGAGGCGACAAUGGACAUCAUUGCGGCAGUCAAAGUGGAUGCAGCACAUGUCACUCGGGAUGUUCUUUCUCUGAAGGAGCAGGCAAGAGAGCUCAUCUGUGGGUGGCUCUGUCAGUACUGCAGGGCAUCCCUUUUUGAGUUCAUUCAGCCUGAAGGUCCAUCCUGCAGAGAGUCAGGCUUGAAUGAAGUAUUUCUAACAGCGGGCAUGCUCAUUAGCAUCGAUAGUGGCAGAAGCAACUGGCACCUUGUGUACAUUGACAUACUGUUGGCCCAAGGUAAGAACACUGAUGCUAUGGCACACCACCAAAAGAUAUUUGGAGUGGAACCAACAGAGCUACCAGCACGGGCCAGACUGGGGCUCAUGGAGGCAUUACAGGGGAAUCUGACAGUUGCUGCUGAAGAGCUGAGCAAGAUUGCUGAAGAUGACACAUCUACUCUUGACUUCCUACUGACUUUGCUCCCUGAAAAGCAGAAGCGAAGCCUAGCUCAGGUGGCAGCCCAAAAGGCAAGUUCACUUAGUGAGAUGGGCCAGUCAAGCCAGGCACUUGGCUUAUUGUCCUUGGCUACAAAGGCAGGUGGAGAAAAGCAGACCCAGUAUUUACGCCAGCGAGCCUUCUGCCUGCUGCGGCUAGGCCACAAUGAGCGGGCCAUUCUGGAUCUGGAUCGUGUCAUUCAAAGCCAUUUGUUUCCUGCUACUGCCCAGAAUCUCCGUGAGAUGGUUCAGGACUACUGUGGACGUGGCCAGGGCCUUCUGCUUAUGCACAAGCAGGACCCUGGUCUUGUGGACUUUUCUCAGGCUCUCGACCUAGAUGCAUUGUGCGCCGUGGCUUUUAUUGAGUGUGGGUUGGGAAGAGUAUGUUUGGUGCAACACUUCUUACAAGGAGCAAUGCAACAAUUUGAAAGGCAGCACCUUAAGGAGUCAUGGCGCCUAGCUGGCUAUGGCCUGCUCAUUGAUGAGAAUAACUUGGAACUGCGGAAACUGAGGUCCAAGAUCAAACGAGAAGCAUCUGGCUCCUGUACUCUGAACUAAAAACACUGUAUGGUACUGCAUCUAGACCUUCUUCCAAAGUCAACCAUCGUGUUAUCAUAAUGUACCUGCAGGGAUCAUCUGUGGCAUGCAAAACCGAUUUUGUGCUGGUCACAUUGUCUAGCAAGGCUGGAACCAUCCCCAGACAGAACACCGGGGACACACCUAUCCUAUUUAGACUAACUAAUCAAAUGAAAAGCUAUGGGAGGAAAACUGUGGGGUAAGUGUGUGGACUUCAAACAAAAGAUGUACUGAGCUGAAGCCAAGAAGUGUUGAGACAUCAGUGCAAUCUACUCUGGCACUGUGCUGCCCCACCAUUUUCCAGUAUCAAUAAAAUAAAUACUGUAACAGGGUCCUUAACCCAUGGACUACACUCCCAGUGUAACUUUGUCUGGGAAGAACUGAGAAACAGCUGCUGG